AUGAAUGGGAAAAUUUGGGCUUUUGUAGAUGAAGAUAUUGAUGUAGAUAUUGUGAUGAACAUGGAAAAACAAAUGACUUUAAUGUUUUUUCAUAGGAAUUUGAAUAAGGAAAUUUGCGUGACUCUUGUAUAUGUUAAAUGUGAUGCGAUUGAAAGAAUUCAGCUAUGGGAUUCAAUGUACCAUUUAGCUUCAAGUAUGGAAUCCCCUUGGCUUGUUGGAGGGGAUUUUAAUGUGAUACUAUCUGAGGAAGAGAAGUAUGGGGGCCGUCCAGUGUAUUUGAGUGAAGUGGAAGACUUGGCACAUUGUGUUGAUACAUAUGCAUUGUAUGAUCUUGGCUUCAAAGGGAGUUUGUAUACUUGGUGGAAUGAAAGGUCGGAUGUAGAUUGCAUCUACAAAAGGCUUGAUAUGUUCUUUACAAAUCAGGAAUUUCUUGAUUUGUUCCCAUCAUUAGAAGUUGAGCAUCUCAUAAAAUAUGAAUCUGAUCAUGCACCUCUUCUAUUGUCAUGUAAUAUUGACACUAUGCAAGUGAAGAAGCCUUUCAAGUUUCUCAAUUUUUGGGCUAAAUGUGAGACCUUUUUGAAUGUGAUAAAGGAGAAUUGGGUAACUGAUACCAUGGGAAAUACUUUCAAUAUGUUCCAAAGUAAGUUGAAGAAAGUAAAGUCAGCUCUGGCAGCCUGGAGUAAGGAAACUUUUGGAGACAUCUUCAAACAAAUUAUAGCAUUGGAGGAUAUCAUAAAGGUUCAUGAAACUGAGUUUGAGUUGAAUCCAAUAGUCUAG